AUUAGACGUUUAUUUUGAAAGCUCCUACAGGAAGUAGAUGGUUCUAGUUACGUGUGACUUGACUCUAUCAGAGGCUGAAACGGGCGCACAGUGGCUACUUGAACGUAAACGGGGGAAGCUCGCUCAACAACCGGCUUGGCUUUCGUCGGGAACUCAACAUGCCACAAUACAAAUGCUGAGUGGGGCUCCGAAACAAGCGUAUUUACCCGCUGAACGGCGAUAGUUGACGACCACGCCCCGUAAUCCACCGACCAGAGCCCGAACAAAACUGCUGGCGGAGACACAACGGUGAGCGGUUUGAAACCCAGCAGGGCGGCUAGCGGGCUCACAGCGGAGUGUCGGCUGUUUUGGGAACCAUGAGAGAGUACAAAGUAGUGGUUCUCGGGUCCGGAGGGGUCGGUAAAUCCGCGUUAACCGUCCAGUUCGUGACGGGAUCCUUCAUAGAGAAAUACGACCCCACGAUAGAGGAUUUCUAUAGGAAGGAGAUCGAGGUGGACUCCUCUCCGUCCGUCCUGGAGAUCCUGGACACGGCGGGCACCGAGCAGUUCGCCUCCAUGCGAGACCUGUACAUCAAGAACGGCCAGGGUUUCAUCCUGGUCUACAGCCUGGUGAACCAGCAGAGCUUCCAGGACAUCAAACCGAUGAGGGAUCAGAUCAUUCGGGUGAAAAGGUACGAAAGAGUGCCGAUGAUUCUGGUCGGAAACAAAGUGGACCUGGAGGGGGAGAGGGAGGUCUCGUCCGUUGAGGGGAAGGCACUGGCGGACGAGUGGAACUGCCCGUUCAUCGAAACUUCAGCCAAAAAUAAGACGUCGGUGGACGAACUGUUCGCGGAGAUAGUCCGACAGAUGAACUAUGCCUCGACACCAAACGGGGACGACCAGUGCUGCUCGUCUUGUGUCAUCCUUUAAGAACGAGGACAGCCAUAAAGUUGUAUUCUUUGCUCGGUUUUAAGUUUGCAAUGUGUGUUGCAGCAAGUGUGUACUGUUGAGCUCUUCUUCGUGUCUCACCCUGGCCUUGGAGGAAAACACGGGGAGGAAUGCUGCAGGGGGACGAGAGGAGGAGGAGGAGGAGGAGGAGGAGGAGGAGGGGAGCAACUGAGACUCAGAGGGAGGGGUCCACUCUUCAGGAAUUCUGCUGGGUUGGAGUAUCUUUUGCUGCACGAUCAGUGUCCACCAUUGAUGUCAACGCAGUGUCAGAUCCAAAGUUUCAGCAGCACCCCCUUCACCAGUUCCAACUGUACUCGCACCUGGAACUAAACCCCAACGGAAAGAAAUGGAGGGCAACACUUAGACACUCGUAAAUGGAUAUUUCUGUAUAAGGAGACAGAGAGUAUAUUUUGUUAAAGACACUGCACGGUCUGGGGCUGGUAAAGAUUUGGGGGAUAUCUCUGCCUAAUCCGUUUUGGAGCAAUGCUCCACAACACUCCAAAUCCUAUUUUUAUUUUUAUCAAAAUAAGACGACACCACUUAUCUGCUGGUGGAGUAAACAUGAUGAGUGCCACUUUUUUUUUUUUUUUUUUCCUCCAUCGUCUCUUCAGUGUAAGAGAGGACCUUAACUUAAGUGACAUGGGGCCGGUGACCCGAUCGCCCUCGUGUCGAGUGCCUUUCCAAAACAAGUCAGCUGUUCAGAUUUUAGUGCCAACCUACAUGUAUCACCAAAAGAACCCUUCUACACGGCAAUCCACAAUUUAGUGAACUGUUCUCCUGGAUAAUCUCGUAGGGGUGGAGGCUAAAAAGAAACUACGAUAGGCUUUUUUGUUAAUGGAAUGGCGGUGUUCUGUAUGUUUUACGUUGGCCUUUUUGAAGUCUACGGUGUUCAUUUUUUAAUGUCUACUUAGUCUGGCCAAAACCCAUCUCUUGAAAUGCACAGGUACUGGAAUCUUCGUGGACGUGAUAACAACACCAAACGCUCACCUUCCAGACCACUUAAAUCAAAUUCUGUUUGUUUAUUUUGUUGUUUUUAACAGGAAAUGUGAUGAUGUACCGUUGACAAAUCUAACCUGAUUGUACGUUUUAAUUUCAGACGCGCCCUGUAACAACGGGCUGUCUGUUUUUAAACAAAACAAACAAGACUUUUAAUACAAAUUGCAUUUUUAAAAAAAGAAA